AUGCGACCGGCCCGGAGUGCACGGGCACUUCAAGGCUCGAGCCAGCCGGCCUGGCGAACGGAGCGAUCGGAGCUGAGCCCCGGGUUCGGGGCAGGGGGACGUCCGCUGGACUACAAAGAGCUGCUCUACGAGUUCCAAAACCAUGUUAACAAGCAGAGAGACACGCCCACAGCUUUGGUGUCGGUCAGCAACCGCAUAGUCGACACGGUUCAGCGUGCUCUUAAGAAGCACGAGGAGGAGGACGAAUCACCCGCCGAUAUCUGGAUCGUCUUCAUCGAAGUCCCAGCAGGCGGAGGCUCGGCGCCUGCCCGGUUCCAUGCUGCCCGACACCUAGCGGAGCAGAUCGGCCACAGAAACCCGGCGUUGUUCCAUCACGAAACAGUCUUCGAAUGGGCAAUCCCCGAGCACUACGAGGUGCACCGCGUCUCUUUGCAGACAUUGCUGAGUCGCGGGCUCGAUCGCGAGCUUGGAACCCAGGCUUCUUUUCCAACAACGCGCGAGUUACGAUGCUCUCUUGCCGCAGGAUUCGAGCGCCGUGACCCUUGGGAGCUCGGCCUCGACCUGGGCUUCUUCGCAAAAUGCUUCGGGGCGCGAGCUCCCCUCAAGUGGAUUGCCAUCCGACUGUACUGUGAUUGUGUGGCGGCACGGUUUGACGAGCACACUCUCACGUUCGACCUCGAAUAUGCGCACGGGCUUCGCGAGACGGUUGACGCAACAUUCUUUCGCGCGGUGGAUGACGGAUUAGACACCGCUGUGUUCGACUGGUGGCUCACGGAUAGCGAGUUCUUAGACGACUAUGAGGAGUUUAAGUCAUGGCAAACGCAUAUGCUGGAGGGCGAUACGGUCUCCCAAAGGGACAUCGAGGCUGUCGAGCAAGAAGCUGUGCUUGAUCGCCGCUAUCUUUCAAGGCUCAAGGCUGCCCAUUCUCUUCUGCUUCGCCGGCAUAGUCAGGUCAAGCAAAAAGUCAUGAAGCCCGCCGCCCUCGCCGCCGCUGCGCUCUCGCUGUGCGUCUCGCUCGCCAGCGCCGGCGUCGUCAUCACCCCCAUCAAGCCCGACCAGGUCGUCCCCAAGUCGGGCGGCGACUGCUUCUUCGGCGUCACGACGCCCCAGGGAUGCGGGCCGCUUCGCAGCAACUGAUUCUGUCUUUGCGUGCCGUUGCUUUUUGUCAAUCGCCGCCGACGUCGAUCUGUGGGCGGCCAGAUCUUGAACUUGAAGACGGCGAAGCCUUCCUUCGAGUCGGUGGCAAUGCUUUGAUGGGAGCGUCGGGAACCUCGCACGACAGGCUAGCGUGCACUGGUGCACGCGUGCUAUGAUUCCGUUGGGAAUGGCGGUCAGAUUCGUGGUCUAGUCCCGCUGAGCUGAUGGGUGGAUGGCAGGGGCUGUGCCUGAGGUGUUGUUGUGAUGGAUCUCUUCUUAUAUAUACCCAACUUAAACAUGUCUAUACAACAAUGGGUGUUUUGGCCCGUUAUUC